GUGUGGUCAUACUGUUUGCAUUUCUUUUGGGGAGGGGGCGUUAACUUGCGAAUUAAUGACUCUAACUAACUAAGAGACCACCUAAAUCCCCAAAAUGGACUCUACUGCCACUCGCACGCUGCCGUUUGUGUAUAAAUACAAAAACCACGAAGGCCAAGACUGCGAGUCACGGCUGGACAUCACUUUUCCGUUCGACCAGGAGAAUUUGGAGGAGUGUAUCACCCAGUUGAUGGCUCCAUCCCAGAUGGAUCCCAUGAUGCGGUAUCUGGACGAAAAUAUCAACCUAGAGAAGCAACUCCAGGAGUUCGUGGACACGGAGCAGCAAAAAUUUCUGGACGACCACGCCGAAAAGCUCCUCAGUCAGGCGGCCAACGAGGAACUGGACAUUGAGGCCAUUGUGCGGGACACGGAGCGACUGUACAAGGAGGAACUGCUGCAGUUUGCCGAUCGUGUGGGUCCCAGUGAUGCGGAUAUUUUCGCCCAGAGUUUCCACCGGCUGGUGCACUCCUCCUCGCUGGAGGACAUCCUAAAGCGGGAGCGGACCUAUGCCAAGGUCGUGGCUGACAUGACCGAGCUCAUGGACAGCGAGGUGGAGACGCUGAAUAACUCCCAGCAGCAGGAGAUGGAUAGCCAGAUCAGCCAACUGGAUAUCACCACCACCUCGGAGGACAUCAAUAAUCUCCUGGCCCGCCAGUACACCACUCAGAAUUUCGUUCGCAAGCGCUACGAAUCGGAGUUGGAGGCGAUGAUGGGGCAUCAGAAAAACGAGUAUCGCGAUUGGAUCACCAGCCAAGUCAGUCAGAUGUUCCAGGUGUCGCCGGUGUCCACGCCACUGGGCAACCGGUCCUCGAUGUUCGUCUCACAGCAACCAUCGAUGGAGGAGAGCUUCACCAUCCACCUGGGAUCGCAGCUGAAGCACAUGCACAAUAUUCGCAUCCUCAGCGCCAAUGUCACGGAGCUCUGUAGUCCCCUACACGCCGAGGAGAGUCUCAAUGGCCUUAACAUGGCACUGGGCCUGUACUCCAGCUCCCUCUGCGGCGUCGUCGUGUUGACCCCAUCGAUUCAGGCCCAGGCCAACAAGAAUAUCAUCAAGAACGCCAACAAAUCCACCGAGUUUCACUUUGAGCAGAUCGAUGUUCAACUGGAGAAGAUCGAGAAGCAGAUUAAGAACCUAAGCACGGGGGAUUCUAGCGGCAGUAGCCAUAGCAACAGUAGUGCCGAGGGCAGCGCCACACCCUCGCCGACAAAGAAGAGCCUGCCCAGGCUGAAAACGGGCGACUUCUUUAUCACCAAGCACUCGAAUCUCUCCCAAACCCAUGUGAUAUUCCACCUGAUUUCGGACGAACCCAUCAACAGUCCCAGUGAGAUCAACUCGCGGCAUCCGGUGAUCUUGGGCUUGCGGAAUAUACUAAAGACCGCCAGCAGGCAUGACAUAACCACGCUGACCAUUCCGGCUCUGCUGCGCCACGAGAUGAGCGAGGACAUGACCGUUCAGUGGUGCAUUCGAAGAGCGGAGCUGGUUUUCAAGUGUGCCAAGGGAUUUAUGAUAGAAUCUGCAUCUUGGGGAGGCGCUGAAUUAAGCACCUUGCAAUUGCUACUGCCUGACGACAUAUCGGAGAGUCUGUUCACCACUCUGGCGGGAAUGGUCCCCAGUGUUUUCCAUGUGGCCAAUCCCAAGAUACUGGUGGACACCAGCAAGUAGA